AUGGCCAACCAAGGAGAGAAUGCCACAAGGCAUAAAUCAUCCGAAGCAAUCGAUUCAAACACAUCGGAAAACACUCUACCCCUGGCUGAGAAGGUCGCCACACAGCCUGAUGUCGAGGAGUCAAUGGAAGCCCGAAUCGAGCGACUGGGGCGAGAACGACCACCAGCAUUCAAGUCCAUAUGGCACGAAAUCGCCUUCGCCUUCUCCAUCUACAUGUCACAAGUCUUGACCGAGUACUUUGUGUCGGGCUUUACGGUCAUCCUGCCGACUCUUAUCACUGAGCUCGACAUUCCCCAGGCCUCGAGCGUCUGGCCCGCGACUGCAUUCUCAUUAGUGAUUGCAAGUACGCUCCUGGUCUUCGGUCGACUCGGCGACAUGUAUGGUGGAUAUCCGGUCUAUCUGGCCGGUUUAGCAUGGUUGACCAUUUGGAGUAUCAUCUGUGGCUUCAGCACGAGCCCGCUUAUGCUAGACUUCUGUCGUGCUCUACAAGGACUGGGCUCCGCAGCUUUCGUACCAGCCGGAGUCAUGAUUCUGGCCAGCGCCUAUCGGCCCGGGCCAAGGAAAAACGUCGUCUUCGCUCUCUAUGGAACCUUCGCCGUCAUUGGUUUCUUCACCGGCAUCUUCUGUGCCGGUGCCGUUGGCCAAUUUAUUCGAUGGUCGUGGUAUUUCUGGAUUGGAGCAAUCCUCGCAGUCGUCGCCAUCAUCACCUCGAUAUAUUCCAUUCCCAAUGACGCACGGGAGAGGCGUGAGAAUGGUAUCUCUAUGGAUUGGCUCGGGGCUGCUACAAUCGUCUCUGGUCUUGUCUUGGUCGUUUUCUCCAUCACGGAAUCUGCCCACGCCGAGCAUGGUUGGCGAACACCUUAUAUACCCACUCUGUUCGUGGUUGGAUGUCUGUCUUUGAUGGCUGCCUUCUACAUCGAAGGCUGGGUCGCCAAACAUCCUCUUCUCCCUGCAGAUCUCUUCACAAUACGAUUUGUGACGCCCCUCCUGUUCUCAUUACUCUUCUUCUACGGCACAAUAGGAAUCAUCCUGCUCUACGGCACCCAGUACUUCCAGAACAUCCUUCAUGCAACCCCUCUUCUUGUCGUUGCAUGGUACAUCCCUAUGGUACUAGGCGGCCUCGCUCUGGCUUUGAUUGAAGGAUUCAUCCUGCAUCUCGUUCCCGGACGUAUUCUGUUAAUCAUCUCGGCCUUUGGCGCUCUGGGCUGUCAACUCCUAUUCGCAAAUCUACCCGACAACCCGAACUACUGGGCCUGGCUGUUCCCCGCGAUGCUGCUCGGCACCAUCGGCAUCGAUCUCUCCAUCACCCUGGCCUCCGUCUUUGUCACCACACAGUUGCCUAAAGCAAAACAGGGCCUGGCCGGCGGGCUGCUGAACUCGGUCCUUCAAUUGGGUGUCGCCUUGAUGCUGGGAUUCUCCGAUAUACUGCAAGCCAACACCGUGGAUCGAGUCGGGUUGAAAACCAGCUACAAGUACACUUUCUGGCUCGGUGUUGGCUCUGCCGUGGCGGGCUUGGUCGUCGUCACCAUCUGGGGUGGUGUCCCCCGUGCGAAAAGCGAUUUGACGGCGGAUGAGAAGAUGGAACUAGAGCGUGAAGCGACGAGACUUACGACCAUGUCUUCACGUCUUUGA